GAAAUAAGGAGUGGGGCUCCGCAGAGGCCAGAGGACUAUUGUGCCGGGAGCAUAGGGCCAGAGGAGUUAAAAGUUAAACCUGGAUUGCUUGAGUCUGUGAGAAUUCGGCAUGGAAUGUUUCCACUGUUUCCUGGGAUUCCUGCUUCUGGCUGCAAGACUGCCACUUGACACCGCCAAACGAUUCCAUGAAGUGCUGAGCGAUGAAAGACCUUCUGCUUAUAUGAGGGACCACAACCAGUUAAGUGGCUGGUCUUCAGAUGAAAAUGACUGGAAUGAAAAGCUCUAUCCAGUGUGGAAACAGGGAGACUCUAGGUGGAAAAACUCGUGGAAAGGAGGCCAUUUGCAGGCGGUCCUGACCAGUGACUCCCCAGCACUGGUAGGCUCAAAUAUAACAUUUGUGGUGAACCUAGUAUUCCCCCGAUGCCAAAAGGAAGAUGCCAACGGCAACAUAGUCUAUGAGAAGAACUGCAGAAACGAUACUGGUUUGACUCCUGACCUGUAUGUUUACAACUGGACUGCCUGGACAGAGGAUGGUGACUGGGGAAAUGACACCAACCAAGGCCAUCACAACGUUUUCCCUGAUGGGAAACCUUUUCCUUACCCCUCUAGAUGGAAGAAAUGUAAAUUUGUCUACCUCUUCCACACACUUGGCCAGUAUUUCCAGAAAUUGGGACAAUCUUCAGCGAGAGUUUCUAUAAACACAGCCAAUGUGACACUUGGCCCUCAACUCAUGGAAGUGGCUGUCUUCUUUAGACGUGGUCGGACAUUUGUACCGAUUGCAAAAGUUAAGGAUUUGUAUGUGGUAACAGAUCAGAUUCCUGUAUUUGUGUCUAUGUUCCAGAAGAAUGAUCGAAAUUCAUCUGAUGACAUCUUCCUCAGGGGCCUCCCCAUUAUAUUCAAUGUCCAGAUUCAUGAUCCUAGCCACUUCCUUAAUGAGUCUGCCAUUAAAUACAAGUGGAACUUCGGGGAUAACACUGGUCUGUUUGUUUCCAACAAUCACAUUUCGAACCACACAUAUGUGCUCAAUGGAACCUUCAGCCUUAACCUCACCGUGCAAGCUGCAGUGCCUGGACCUUGUGCUCCUCCUUCACCCAGACCUCCAAAACCCACCUCUUCUUUAGGUCAAGCUGGUGACAACCCCCUGGAGCUGAGUGAGAUUCCUGAUGAAAGAUGCCAGAUUAACAGAUAUGGUUACUUUAGAGGCACCAUCACAAUUGUAGAGCGAAUCCUAGAAGUUAACAUUGUCCGGAUGACAGUGCCACAGCCUGAAGACUCCGUGAUGGACUUUGUCGUGACCUGCGAAGGGACCAUUCCCACGGAAGUCUGUACCAUCAUUUCCGACCCCACCUGCCAGCUUGCCCAGAACCCAGUCUGUGAGCCUGUGGAUGUAGACAAUAACUGCUUGCUGACUGUGAGAAGAGCAUUCAAGGGAACUGGCACGUAUUGUCUGAACCUCACCUUGGGCGAUGCAACAAGUCUGGGCCUUACAAGCACCCUCGUCUCCGUGCCUGUCCCUGGCAAAGACCCAGCAUUCUCUUUAAGAAUGGAAAAUGGGACCCUGAUUGCUGUUGGCUGCUUGGUGAUAUUUGUCAUUGUGGUCACCCUCAUGGUGUACAAAAAAUACAAAGAAUACAAACCAAUAGAAAACAGUCCUGGGAAAGCGGCCAAAGGCAAAGGCCUGAAUUCUCUCUUCAGCCGGGCAAAGGCCGCGUUCUCCCGAGGAAGCCAAGAGAAGGAUCCGCUGCUCAAGAACCAGCCGGGAAUCAUUUAAACCUUCAGCCUUAUCUCUGACCAGCAGCGUACUCUUCAGUGCCAUUUACAUGGGCCAUGCUGGAGUGGAUGACUGUCAACUUUUUUUUCCUAAGGAUUAUAGUUAAAUAUAUGUUGUGGCUUAGGGAGGUCUAAUUCUUUUUGUAGGUUUAGAGAACAGUUUAACAUUUGAUAGGUUUAGAGACAUUUUAAAGAAGUAGAGAGAAAUUAAACUGCACGCAUGCAGUCUCAGCCAUGUUAGGUAACUGAUAGAACCACUGAGCAGUGCUUCUAUCCAUUAUUUUUUGGGUUUUAUUAUAAUGUCUUGGGUAUUCAGUAGACUAGACAUACUGUGUCCCGGAAGGGGAGAAGGUACUAUUCAUUAGGGUCUGACCUAGGUUAUCUGGAAAGAGGCCAGGUACUUUCUAGCUUUCCAUAUAACCAUAUGCAUAAAACCAAUGUAUUCCUGUCCAGAAUAUUAUGUUCCAGGCGAAAUGGGUUCUGUUUCCAUGAACAUGCAUAAGCUGCCAUUGACAGACCCAAACCUCUAGUAUGUUGUACACACUUGUUAUAGCAGGGGAGAAAAAAAACAAGUCAACUAAUCUAACAAAUAGGCCUGACUAUUUUGGUUACGACCUGCCCUGCCUGCCUGUGUGAAGGAAUAGUAUCCAUUCAAUCCUUUAUUCCCUGGACAAUUAUUUAGCACUUUCUGUAUACCAGGCACUGUGCUAGAUACCUGGUCCCUGUCCUCAGAGAGUUGACGUUCAUGUGUACAUAUCUGAAUUUCUGCAUAUUCUGGUGUACAUAUUUCAAAUCUUAUACUGUGAUUUUCCACAAGAGGAGGACCUUGCUUUUCCUACCAGUUUCUCUAUUUGAGUAAUACAGAAAAUUAAUCAGAAGGGUUUUUACCUUAAUUUGUAGCUGAAACAAUCUACCGUAUGUCAAAGAUGACAUUCUUUUUCUCUCCUUUCUAAAAAAUAAAGUAUAGAUAAAGACAA